ACUAUGCGCACAAACACUGCUUGGCUUCACUUUCAUGGCGAUGUGAGACCGAAGCAGCUAGCUAGCUGCUUAGCUAGCCUAAGCGCAAGCCAGUGAUGACUCAUUUAAAUAAUAGCAGAAAGGCCGGACAUAAAAGUGUUGUCUCUGUCAACGUCGUAACAUUUUAUUGUUCAUGCUGCAAAGCAAAGUGACGACAUUUUUUUAGACGUGCUGCUCGGACGUCAAGCUGCCGGCUAGCUUUAGCUUAGCAUGUGUUGCUAAGUGACUCGGUGUGAUUUGAUAUGGCAGCAAGUGUGCUAACCAACACCCGCGGCAGCUCGACGCUUUUAAUCUUCUCCGUUGACGUCUUUCAAAUACAUAUAUUUAGUAUUUGCUAUAUGACAACUGCUACGUCCGUUCGCUAGCACCAAUUGCCAUCGCAACCGCCUGUUCUGGAAUGGAGCCAGGCGACUUGCGGGAGAGCUCCGCCGGUUCCGGGGAGUCUGACGCGGGGGACUGGAGAGAGAUUCGACCCGGUGCGGACGAGGAGGGCAAGGCGACCCAAACCCGUGAAACAUCGCCGGAUAUGUCACAGAGGGACAACUGCCGCGAAAAAGUCGGUGACAAAACGUCUAAAGACCAGCUUCACAGCCCCUACGAUGACGAACUGGACCCCCGAAUUCAGGAAGAGUUGGAGCAUCUUAAUGAAGCCAGUGCGGAAAUAAACAAGCUAGAGCUGGAGCUGGAUGACGCCAGGUCAGGGUACCGUAAAAUCCUCACCGAGUCUGCCAGGAAGCUCAACGCUCACAGCUCGCAGCUCGGCACCUGCAUCGAUAAGGCAAGGCCGUACUACGAGGCUCGUCGGCUGGCCAAAGAGGCUCAGCAGGAGACGCAGAAGGCAGCGCUAAGCUACGAGAGAGCAGUUUCCAUGCACACGGCCGCCAGGGAGAUGGUCUACGUGGCAGAGCAGGGACUCAUGGCUGACGGAAAGAACACCCUUGAUCCCACCUGGCAGGAGAUGCUUAACCACGCAACCUCUAAGGUGAACGAGGCCGAAGAGGAGCGACUCCGCAGUGAGAGGGAGCACAUGCGCGUCACCCACGCUUGCCAGGAAGCCGAGGCUCGAGUCCAGGUGCUGCAGAAGUCUCUGAAGAGGGCCAUCAUCAAGUCCAAACCCUACUUUGAGCUCAAGGCGCAAUUCAACCACAUCCUGGAGGAGCACAAGACCAAAGUGCUGCAGUUGGAGCAGCAUGUAUCCAAAGUCAAGACGCGCUACUCCAUCACCCUGAAGAACCUGGAGGACAUCAGCGAGCAGAUCCAUGCCCAGAGAGGCCGGGACCAGGACGAAGGAUGCCCCACUGUCUGCGGCGGGCGGAGUCCUCCCGUUGGGGCCGAGUCAGAUGCCGGGGCUCAAAAAGAAGGCGGGGCCUGUGGCAGCGCGGUUGUUAAUGAUCGAUCGGAUGCGGCCGGUCACUUGCUAGAGAAGUUCAAGGAGAAGGAGGAAGAAAGGGAGAGGGAUAGGGCGGGCUCGGAUUCCCUCUCCGUCUUCAGCCUGCAGACCAUCGCCUCUGACCUGGAGAAAUAUGACUCCAUUGAGCACCUCGGGGAUCUGAGCGAUGUGGGCAGUGUUACCGGGGAGGAGGGCGAGAAGGAGCGAGUGAUGGACCGGCGAGACAAGAUGGCGACGGAUAUGAGCGCUCGAGAGCGCCAGCAGCACUUUCACAAGCAGCACCACCGAAGCUUUAGCUUGUGAGGCCACGCGGCGUCAGUGACUUGUAGCCAUCGGAAGAUUGUGGAACUCUUCCCCCCCAAACCGGAGUAUCGCGAAUGAGCUGCUGAAAUGUACAACCAGAGUGACGCGGUUGUACGUGUAAAUAAGCACACGCGUUGACUUAAUGCAGCCCUCAGUUAGCAUCACAAGCUAGUUGGUUACCACUGUACAUUAACUCACUUGAGGAAACGGCAUUGCUUCCUAUCUAGCACGUUUAUUUCAUGCCUCCUUAGGGAGCCAGGCAAAACUGAAGCUAGUUGGAACACGGCUAUACUAUCACUCCUCUGAGGGAGGUGGAAACCUGUUAGCAUUCCAUGCUAGUUACCUCGUGCAUUAUACAUUCACUCUACCGACAAAACAGGCCGAGAAGCCGUUAGCAUUUAUGCUAAAUGAUACGCUUGCUAUCUAUCCAUUCACUCUUUAAGGGAACAGGGCAAAUUUCCAUUAGUUACCUUUACAUGCUGACUGACUAGACAGGGAAGCCGUUAGCAUUCAUGCUAAAUAGUACACAUAGCUAUUCAUUCACUCCUUUAGCAUUGUAAGCUACUUAAAUGUGUAGCACAUGUCCGAGCUAGCUCACAUUCACUCCUCGUGGGGAACCAAGCAGGAAGCCGACUCGAGGAGGACUUUGUCAGCGUUGCACGCUAGUUAAGUAAACUUAACUAUACGUUCACUUCUUUGAAGGGAACCAGGUGGGGUUUCUAUAAGCGUAAAGGAAGCUUGCGUUAUGCUUGGUGUGGAUGUUAAUGUGAUGCGGUGACACGUGUGUCAUCAAGGUCGCACUUUCCACAUUUCCCUGUCGUGUUUGCACAUUUCAAGUCAUCCCCGAUGAAUGUUCCUUGAAAGAAGAGCAUCCCUUGGAUAUUCUCUGUCGUUUGACAGCAUGCACAGCAUUUUACUACAUGAUUAGAUGGUUUGUGGCAUGAUGGGAUUUUUUCUUAAGGCUGAACCUGAGCGCUGACGGUGGUAACGCUGCAUGACGACGCUCUUGUUUCCGCCCUUCUUCCCAGUGAAAAAAAAAGCCAUCUCCAAAUGUGCUGUUUCUUUUGUUUUGCAAGAGCACCAUUUUAGUUGAUUAAAUAUUGUCAUUGUUGACAUGUGCCUUGCUGUCAAACAACUAUCAAAUGAAACGUUAGCAUACUUUG